AUGGCUGAACUGAAGAAUGGUAGCUGCACAACAAAGGGAUGUACUCCAAAGUUAUCUGUCUCCAAAACUGCAAGAGCAUCAGCUGCUGACCCUGAAGAAAUGCAUUGCAGCAACAAUGGUGAUGAGAAGGCACAAGAUGAGCUUUGGGAUGCCCUGCCGGUUGUUGCACAGCCUCGAACCAAUCAAAAUCUCCACCAGAGAGCUAUUCUGGGGGAGCUGACAGAAAAUGGGCAGUGUUUGAGACCCUAUGUCCAGGGAGCAAACAGGCCAAGAGGCUUCUCUGGAUCCGAAAAUGUCUGUCCUGCUUUAACUACUGGCAAGAACAUGAUGCCACUCUGCGUGGCAUCCAAGCAAAGUUUUGCUGUUUACAGAGAUGAAGUGGAAGGGAAAAACAGGUACAGCUGUAUGGCUGUGGAAGAAUCCAGCAUGUGUGAAGUUGAUAGCUGCACCCAAAGAUCCAACAUUCACUUGCUGCUGAGUUUGAGUACAGGCUCUCCGAUGCUGGUGGAUAAGUCAUUGCAGUCCCAAGAUGAGGAUCUUCAGUGUUAUAAAGAGGACGUCAUGUGUGCUGUGGAAUAUGCAGAAGAUAUUCAUCACUACUUGAGAGAAGCUGAAGUGAAAUACAGGCCCAGAGCAUGCUACUUGAGGAAGCAACCUGAUAUCACCUCGAGUAUGCGUGCAAUCUUGGUGGACUGGCUGGUAGAAGUCGGUGAAGAAUAUAAGCUUCGUACUGAAACGGUGUACCUUGCUGUGAACUACUUGGACCGCUUUCUCUCUUGCAUGUCUGUCCUCAGAGGAAAACUUCAGCUUGUGGGAACGGCGGCAGUUCUCGUAGCUGCGAAAUAUGAAGAAAUCUAUCCCCCAGAAGUCAAAGAAUUUGUGUAUAUAACCGAUGACACCUACACUAAAAAACAGCUGCUCAAAAUGGAACACCUGCUCCUCAAAGUCCUUGCUUUUGACUUGACUGUUCCAACCAUCAACCAGUUUCUCCUCCAGUAUUUGCAACUUCAUGGUGUCAGCGUCAAGACAGAGAACUUUGCAAGGUAUGUAGCAGAGCUGAGUCUCCUUGAAGCUGAUCCAUUCUUGAAGUACCUUCCCUCACAAACGGCAGCAGCUGCUUACUGUCUUGCAAAUUACACUGUGAACAGGCAUUUUUGGCCAGAAACCCUUGCGGCCUUCACUGGCUACUCACUAGGGGAGAUAGUGCCUUGCCUAAGCGACCUGCACAAAGCCUGCCUUGACGCUCCACAUCGACCACAGCAAGCCAUAAGGGAGAAAUACAAGCUGGCUAAGUACAUGCAAGUAUCCCUCCUGGAGCCCCCAGCCGUUCUACCUCUGCUAUGA